AUGAAAGUCAUUAACGAUACCACUGGUCUGUCCAGUCAGGGUCGUAUGGUGCUUGCUGGGGCUGUGGAUGUGGCUAAUUUAUCCACUAUAAACGACUAUAACCAGUGGAGAUACCUGCUUCCACCAACUAACCCUACCAAAGAAGAACUCGCAGAAGGUGUUUUUGAAAAGCUUUAUAGAUUUCGACAGUACCCAGUACUAGAAGAAGCGCUGAACUCGAAUGCUAGUGGCGUUCAGAUUAACACAAAGACACCACUGCGAGACGAUUUAGCAGUGGGAUAUGCUCAAGCAAACCUCGAAUUUACGACAUGGGCCAUUGCUAUUGAGGAACCACAUAGCAAUAUCUACGCGGAGACGACGAAAUUCCGGAAUAUUGUCAUUGCAUCUGCUGUGGGGAUUGCUGGGUUCAUGGUACUUCUCACUAUUCCCGUGGCUCAUUUUGCAGUCAAGCCCAUUUACAGACUGCGAAUGGCUACUGAACAGACAAUGCUCAGGUUUCUCGACGAUAAAAGGGAUCCUGGUGCUGUCGACGAAGAUGAUGAGGGUAUUAAUAGAGGGCCCGAUGGAGGUGGAAGUGGUAGUGGAGGUGGUGCUGUGGAUACGACGGCCGGUGUAAUUGGUGCUAGAGGAGACAGUGGUCCAGAUGGGCCAACAGAAUCUGGUACUGAUCAUGGAAUCAGUGGAAGUGGAAGUGGCAGUGGUAGCGGUAGCGGUAGUGCUACUGGUAGCGAUGGUGCUAUCAGUGGUACCAGCAACGGUGACGACAGUACUACACUGAUAAAAGAAGCCGGAAGUAAAGAAAGCAGCAGUAGCAUGACUAUCAUUUCAGAAAAGCCGCCAAUGCCGCUUAAGCAAACAACCAUCAAACCACAGCUUGUACACAACAAGUCGAAUUUCCGAGUGCCUAUGAAAGUGCGUGAAUCACAGCGCUUUUUCAGAGACGAACUUACAGACUUGACAGAAACAUACAACCGAAUGGUCGAUGAGCUUGUUAAACAGUAUUUCCACCUUGAAGAUCGAGUGAGGGAUAGAACUCGAGAAUCAGAAGCCGCCAAGAUCCAGGCAGAAUCAGCCAACGAGGCUAAAUCAUUAUUUAUUGCAAACAUUACACAUGAACUGAGAACUCCAUUAAAUGGUAUUCUAGGUAUGACGGCUGUGUCGCUAACCGAGACAGACCCUUCAAAGAUGAGAAGAUCGCUCAAAGUUAUUUUCAAGUCUGGCGAGGUUCUUUUAGAAUUGUUGACGGAUUUGUUGACAUUCUCUAAAAACCAAGUCGGCAACAUCACAUUGGAUGAAAAGGAAUUCACCAUUAGUGAUAUCAUUUCGCAUUUACGAACUAUUUAUGACCCACAGGCCGUGGAGAAGAAUAUUAAUCUUUCUUACUCGGUGACACCUUCAAAUGUGUCCAGCAUGCUGUUAUAUGGCGACUUUAGCCGAAUAUUGCAGGUAUUGAUGAAUCUUCUCUCGAACGGAUUGAAAUUUACUAAACCUAGCGGCGAGGUCAAACUUCGGGUCAAACUGGUUGGAGAUGAACAGAGAACAACGUUUUCACCUCCACAGGCACCAAUGCCAAUUGUCCCAGCACCAGCAAUUUCGCCACCACCUUUAGAUCAAAUUACGACCGUCAACGCUAGUAGCAUCAACCGACCUAGCAUGGAGGGAGCAGGGGUUUCACAGCCCCAUUCGGACCACAAUUCGAGCUCGCAAUCACCGCAACCAGCAUCCAAGUUGUUUAUUCGUACUCAUCGGAGUCGGAUGUUUCAAUCUAAUGGCGGCGGUUCGGGAGGUGUCUCACCAGUAGAUCCCAAUAACAAGGGAUUUGCAUCUCUUGAUCGAACUGCCAGUACUGGGGGUGGUAUUGGAGGCAGUAGUGGAUCGAACGGAUUAAUCCCACCGACUAGAACAUUGUCUAAUAUUGACCGAGCUAUUCAAGAAGGAAGUGCUCGCGAAAGCAUGGAAUCUCGUAAACCAAACUCAGUGUUGAGUGCAGGAGGAUCGAGACGAGGUUCAGUUCGAACAAGACCCAUGGCUACAUCUUUGUCGAAUGCAAAUGGAGGAUUGUUGAUAUCUACAGUUAACAAUAGUCCAGUGAUAUUUGAAUUCGAGGUCGAAGAUACUGGUCCUGGUAUUGAACAGUCGUUCCAGAACCAAGUGUUUGAACCGUUCAUCCAAGGAGAUCAAGCAUUGUCAAGAAAGUUUGGCGGUACGGGACUGGGUCUUUCCAUUUGUCGACAGUUGACAGAUGUUCUUGGAGGAACCAUCACGCUACGUUCUGAAGUUGGAACUGGGUCCACAUUCACAUUGAGAGUGCCGUUACAAACCCGCGUUAAUAACAUGAUUCCUGCGAGCCACAGUUUUGACUUAGCACCCUCUUUAUCACGAGUGAGUGUUGCCACAGGAGACUCGAUUCGAAGUGCACCUUCAAUUAACCGCACUCGAGACUCGAGUUUCUCGAAUCCAUCCAACCCAGUACCACCUGCCACGACCGUAACAAGUCCAGUCACCACAACCACAGUCACCGCCAAUGCCAAUGCUUUACAACCUCCAACACUUAUCACAAAAGAUCUGAAUCGGAGUCUGGCUGUGCCACGAACUGGUAGCAUGAACAGUAAAGAAAAGACACCCUCGACACCAACUGGACAAGGAUACUUUUUACCACGACCACGAGCACGAUCUGGAGGUGAGGUUGCUGAUGCCAGUGCAGGUACCGUGACAUCAAUGGCACCACCACCUCCGCCACCAGCCCUGACCUUACCGGACAACUCUGGUGAGAUGUUAACAGCCACUUCACUAAGAGUUCUCGUGGCCGAAGACAACCUGAUUAACCAAGAAAUCAUGAAACGGAUUCUACGUCUCGAAGGAAUCAAGGAUAUCGAGUGUGUAUUAGACGGAGAGCAGGUGGUAUCGAAAGUAGAGGACGCAAUCAAGUCGGGAAUCCACUAUGAUAUCGUGUUUAUGGACGUACAAAUGCCGAAAAUGGACGGCAUCGAGGCCACCAAGAUCAUUCGAGGUACUCUCGGGUACCCCUACACGAUCAUCGCGCUCACAGCCUAUGCUGACGACCGGACCCGCGAGACCUGUCUCAGCGCCGGCAUGAACUCGCUCCUGACCAAACCCAUCAUGCGACUCGAGCUCCACAAUGCCCUCUCGACCUACUGUCCCGGUAUCCUCCUCCACGAACCGGUCUUCACCAAACCGCUCGACAGCCCCAACUGA